AUGGCGACGAAGGGUUUCGCCAUUUAUGGGCUGGUCUCCCAGCCUCAAUCCGAAGCUGACUCGGCAAAAGAGGAGUGGGGCAUUUCCUACGACAUCAUCGGUUCGCCGGACGUGUCUCUGGUGAAGCAUCUCGCCGAUGAGAAGAUCAUCGACCUGGUCAUCAGCGAGAAGAAGAACUACCCCAAUGGCAUGGUGCAGCCCGCUCUUCUCUUUAUGCGCCGUUCGGAUCGAGCAGUGCUCUUCAGCUGGGCCGUGGCUCCUGACUCGUCGGAGUUUGGGUUCGCCAGCUACCGUCCGACCCCAGGCGAUGUCUGGAAGGCGGUGUCUGGCAAGUUAGAGGCGCCCCGGAGCGAGCUUCCCGUGGUGGAAGCUAGGCCGGUGGGGGUCUCGAUCGCCUGGCUGCGAAUGAUGCCGCCGUGGCUCAUGUCCGGUGAGAGGAGCUUCACCGACCGUAUGCGCGAAUUCCUGUCGAGCUCCUUGGCCGGUUUCAUGGCUGAUGUGGCGCUGGGCGUCAUGUUCUGUGAGCACCAGUGGUCUGGCUACGAGUGCGCACUGGCCCUGGGGAAGCGGACAGACGACUUCGGCUGGGCAGAGGCCGAGCCAACGUUUGAGAUCUUGGAGAUGAUCUUUGUCUCGAUCUACCUGCUUGAUGUCAUCCUCCGCAUGAUCUUCCUGCCUCUGAGUCGGCUCAGGCAGCCUCUCAACUUUUUUGACACCGUCGUCGUCGUCGUUUGUGCCAUCGACGUCUACAUUUUAAGACCGGCAGGCGUCGCAGAUCUGGAAGCUCUCAUCAUUCUGCGGCUCAUCCGUGCAGCGCGGAUUCUUCGCGUGGUCCGAGUUCUAAAGUUUAUGAGACUGUUUCAUAACCUUCACGUCCUCAUCGAAACGCUGAGCAGCAUGAUGGUCGACCUUUUCUGGGGUUGCCUCCUCUUAACGACGAUCAUCGUGACUGCAGGCCUUUUUCUUGGCACCUUGGCCCAAAGCCACAUCCUGGACGACAGCCUGGACCCAAAAACCCGUGAGUUCCUGUACGCGCGAUUUGCCCAUGCCACCUCGGCCUCGUACUACCUCUUCGAGGCUGCCUUGACUUCUGCCUGGGUAACAUCAGCCGGGCCCAUGAUCUUCGACGUCAGCAGCCUCUUUGCGCUCUUCUGGGUACCAUAUGUUGUUAUGGUGAACUUCGCAGUGACGCGCGUCAUCGCAGCCCUGUUCUUGAAGUCGACGCUAGAAGUCGCCGCGCGGGAGAAGGAGAAAGUUGCCAGCGAGGCCAAAAAGAAGAAGGACAAGGUGGCAAAGCGCCUUAAGCACAUCUUCAAGCUGGCAGAUGGGAGUGGUGACGGGUGCGUGGCGUUGGAGGAUUUUCGGCGGAUGCUCGACGAGCCAGAUGUGCUGGAACACCUUGAGGAGAUGGAGCUUAACCACAACGAGAUGCGUGCGUUGGUGGACUUGCUCAGCGAGGGAGGAAAGCCGGUCCCCAUCUCGGACUUCCUGCAUGCGGCGCUGACCAUGAACGACACGGCAAGAACGAUUCACAUGAUGCAGACGUCCAUCGAUGUAGCGCGGAUCGAAAGGGCGAUCCUCCAGCUCGGUGCCAGGCAGAAUGCCCUGCUCAGAAAGCUGAGCCCUGUCUGUUUGGAGGCCACCGUCUCCGCCGUGUGA